CUUUUCAUCUAAAUUUGCUUUGUUUGGUGUUUGUCGUGGGUUUUACCAAAACAAGCAAGGAUGAGGUUUUCUUUAAUGCUUUCGCUCCCAGGAGCUUCCAUAUUCAAGCUGAAAGAGAGAGAUGAAUAAGGAAAGGUCCGUGUGUGUGGGUUCUCGCUGCCUGCUGCACUCAUUGUGACUAAAAGAGAGCCUAGAAAUAGAAUCAAUCAAUCACCAACCCAUAAAUAACAUUAGAUUUCUACUCUGGUCUUUGCUUCCGAGCGUCAGAUAUAUAUUUUUGCUACUUCUUGCUUUCUCUUUCUUCUUUUGGAAUUUAUAUUUUUUCUCCCCUCUUUCAUCACAGGCUUUCUAGGUUUUUGCCAAUUUGUUAAGAUUUUCAAAUCUCCCUUUGGCUCUUUUCAUAAAAGGAAUUGACCAACAUUUCUAGUGGUUUGCUUUGUUGAUUUGGAUCAAUCAACAACGACUCUUAUCUCCAUAAAAUCCUUUUGGGCUUUGCCUGCUGUUUGAUUUCUGUGCUUUUGCUCUCUUCACCUAGAGCGGCUUCCUGGGUUGCCCGUUUGUGGUGAGAGUAAAGAGAUGGUGAGGGGAAAGACUCAAAUGAAGCGCAUAGAGAACGCGACAAGCAGGCAAGUCACCUUCUCCAAGCGGCGAAAUGGGUUGCUGAAGAAGGCCUUUGAGCUGUCGGUUCUUUGCGAUGCCGAGGUUGCCCUUAUCGUCUUCUCUUCAGGAGGGAAGCUCUAUGAAUUUGCAAACUGCAGCAUGCAGGAAACAAUUGCACGAUAUCAUAAGCAUGUGAAAGCUACUCAAAUCAACAAGAAGACAUUCGACGAAAACAUGCAGCAGCAACUGAAGUCGGAAGCAACGAACAUGGUGAAGAAAAUAGAGCUUCUUGAAAUUUCAAAAAGGAAGCUAAUGGGAGAAGGUCUGGGUUCCUGCACUGUUGAAGAAUUACAGCAGCUAGAACAGCAACUGGAGAAGAGCGUAAGCACCAUCAGAGCAAGAAAGAAUCAGGUUUUCAGAGAACAAAUUGAGCGAUUAAAAGAAAAGGAGAAACUUUUGGCAGCUGAAAAUGCAAAGUUGUCUGAAAAGUGUGGUGGCCAACCAUGUCAAGGCUUGAAAUUAGUGGGAGAAACUAGACACUGUGAAGAGAGUAGCCAAGUUUCAGACGUAGAGACUGAAUUGUUCAUUGGACCACCAGAAACAAGAAACAAGCGCAAUCCUCCAAGAAAUUGAAUAAUGGUUGACAAAACCAGGCCACCGUUUAUACGUUGCGACUAGCAAAAAGCAAAAAUAAGGGCAAUUGUAUGGUAAUGAUAACAUAAAUUAUUUGUUUGAAGAAGCUUGACAGGAACUUAAUUAGACUAAAGUAGAAGCUAGCAACUUAGAUUUUAUUAUAACAUGUAAUCACAGUUCUCCAUAUUCUUUCUGCUA